AGAGAUGGCAUACUGUUGCAAUUUCAGUCCGGAUAGUUAACCAAUCACCAUGGCUUAUGUAUUUCCCAAAAUAUGGUAAUUUGUAUGAAUUCUACGAUCCAUCGCAGCGCAACACAUACUCAUUUGAAUUACCAGAGUUGUAUGGGUCGAGGGUCUGUUAUACAAAAGAUGGUUGGUUGCUGCUAUACAGACCUAGAACAUACCGCGUGUUCUUCUUUAAUCCAUUUACUAGGGAGCUGAUCAAGUUGCCUAGAUUUGAGUUGACAUACCAGAUAGUUGCUUUCUCUUCUGCUCCAACAUCUGCAAGCUGUGUGGUAUUUACUGUUAAGCAUGUCAGCCCCACUGUGGUUGCUAUCAGCACCUGCAGUCCUGGUGCAACAGAUUGGACUACUGUUAACUUCCAAAAUCGCUUGCCUUUUGUUAGUAGCAUUUGGAAUAAGCUUGUUUUCUGCAAUGGUCAAUUUUACUGUCUAAGUCUCACGGGCUGGCUAGGUGUUUUUGAUCCUUCAGAACAAACGUGGAAUGUUCUUUCUGUACCUCCACCCAGAUGUCCUGAGAAUUUUUUCGCCAAAAACUGGUGGAAAGGAAAAUUCAUGGCCGAGUACAAAGGGGAUAUCUUAGUCAUUUAUACAUGCUGUAGUGAGAAUCCCAUUAUAUUUAAACUUGACAGGGCAAACAUGGUAUGGGAAGAGAUGACAUCCCUAGAUGGUGUGACACUUUUUGCAAGCUUCUUAUCAUCUCAAUCAAGAACCGACCUCCCUGGAAUAAUGAGGAAUAGUGUCUACUUUUCAAAAGUUCGUUUCUUUGGAAAGCGCUGCAUAUCUUACUCGCUAGAUGACUGUAGAUACUAUCCGCGUAAGCAGUGCCACGACUGGGGAGAGCAGGACCCUUUCGAGAACAUUUGGAUUGAACCGCCCCAGGAUGUUUCAAACUUCAUUUGAAGGAUUGUGGUGAGAAAGUGAGCUUGCUUUCUGACAGAGCACAUUAAUACUGUAGUUGUUACGGUUUUAUAUUCUAACUGCAGCAGAUGGAAUGCCAUUUGAUGCAUUCUGUAUAAGUAGAGUUGCAUAUGCGCUCACACUUGAUCAUGUUCUGCUAUAACUUUCAACUACAUUGAUGCUCUUUCUGUAGCUUUUUCUGUAUCAGUUGACGCUUGGGGAAGAAAUUGUGAUACUCCUGGGAUAAACUUUGUAAUUAGGGUUCUUUUUUCAUAUGUUGGUUUAAUAUAGAUAGACUCUGAUAUUGAAUGAUGCCAAGAAGAAAAUCGUUGUGUUUCAAA